AGACAGCCACCUCAGAAGACAUGUACCCGGAUGCCGAGUACUGUGACUACGUCUUCUAUACCAACGUGAUCACAUCAAACGGCCACAUUCAAGCGGAAAAGGACCCCGUCAGUUGGAAUGUCUUCCAGAGGAGGGGCCCAAAGUACAGGCGUGUGCAGCUGGGAAUUUCGUUCGAUUUUCAAAAUGUAACUCCAAAUGGUUUGGACGAUGCCUCCAGCGACCUCGAUGCACUACGUAGGGAAGGCAUGCGGCACUAUGGACUCCUCACUGUGCUUUCGUUUCAAACGAACUUCCGGGAAACCGUUUGGAGCACGAAGGACGUACUUGAGAAAAUGAAAGAGAUACAGCGCGAGGAGACAUCGAAGAUUGUCCUCGCUAUUGGCUCCUAUGAUUUCGGUGCGAAACUGAUAAUCUGCACCGUAAGCGAGACAGCCACCUCAGAAGACAUGUACCCGGAUGCCGAGUACUGUGACUACGUCUUCUAUACCAACGUGAUCACAUCAAACGGCCACAUUCAAGCGGAAAAGGACCCCGUCAGUUGGAAUGUCUUCCAGAGGAGGGGCCCAAAGUACAGGCGUGUGCAGCUGGGAAUUUCGUUCGAUUUUCAGUAA